ACUGCCACAAACAAAUAGCGAUCACCACAGCACAGAAUAAAAAGACGCCCACGUCGGCCUUAGCAGACAAGUUAAGAGACCUAUACCGAGAUCUCACGGAACUCAAUGCCCAAAAGACCCAAUAUUUCCUACACAGACUGAGGGCCAACACGUACCACCACAGUGGCAAGGCAUCCAAAUACCUGGCCAAUAGACUCAGAACCAGACAGGCCGCCAAUAGAAUCCCAUAUCUCAUAGGACACACAGGAGAUAAGCUCAUGAACCCCGCGGACAUAGUGCAGGAAUUUGCACACUUCUACAAACAGCUAUACAACCUAGAUUCAAGUGGAGGCGCAAAAGCCCCGGGAACACACUCUAUUCGUAGAUACUUACAAGAUAUAGAACUCCCUAAAAUAGAUCAGAACUCA